UCCAGUUUUGCCUCGGUGCAUUUCCAUCACAUCGAGUCCGUCCGUGGCGGUCCCUCUCUCUCUCUUGCUCUCUUUUUUUCUUCCAUCUGAGCCUGUGAUCAGGAUUGUCUGUCCUUUUACUCUCUUUCCUCCGUAUUCUUCUUUCCUUUUCAUUCCAACAUGUUCCAUAACCCGUGGAUUACUAACUAUCUCAACCACGUCACACAGUGUAGUCAAGGCUUUGUUGGUGAAGCUUCUGCUAAGCUCUACAGCCCUGCACUACUAAAGAAAAGAGCAAUAAGCUUUGGUGUGGAUGACAGGACAUCACUGGUUAAGAGUACAGCAGAAAUUGAUGCAAACAUCCUUGCUGUACUGCCCAAAGUUUCAGAGCUAAGGAAGCAAUUUGAAACCUCUGUUAGAAGUGAUCCAGAAAUGAACAGGAAAGAGAGAAUCGCACGAAGGUUGGAGGUGAUUGAGGCUGAUGUUCCACCUGCUCUUACUACAAGCAUGCAACACACAGCUGGCCUGGUGACCAACCGACUUCUGGAGGAGGACACACCACGCUAUACACGUGCUUCAGAUCCCAGGGAUCCAGGCAUUGUGGUGCGGCGCUAUAGCCAUGAUGAGAUAGAAGCUCCAGUGCGGCAGUCCAGAGCUCGUUCACGUCCAGAUCCACAGUCGUCCACCAAUCCUGAGCCAGUUGGUCCAACCCCAGCAGGUUCUGAUGCAGCCAGCCUCAGCUCUAAAGCCGAGCGGAUUGCGCGCUACAAAGCUGAGCGUCGGCGACAGUUAUCAGAACGUUAUGGAAUCCUCCUCGACCAGGAGGUGGAUCUGGAUUACGCACCACGCUACACACGUGCACGGAGAGAGUCUGACCUAUCGGACAGAGGGGCUCCUCCUGACAGGGGACGUGGUGAAAGCAGGACGAGAGGCAGGGCAUUGCAAGAGCAGGAUGAGGGGCGGGACCGAAGCAGCAGCAGGUCUAAAUACAGCAGUUCAGGUAUAGGGCGGGUCUUCAUGCCUUCUGACCCCGCCCCCAAUCCUGCUCCUCCUCAAUCAGGCUUUGAUGCCGAGCGAGAGAGAGAGAGGGCAAUGAACUUGGAAAAUUAUAGACGAGCACCUGACCGAAGUCCGAAACCACACCCACAGGAAGCUCCGGUUCCCAUGGAAACAACAACAGCCCAGCCAACGAGGGGUGUCGCUGUUGUCACUGUGGCAAGUUCUCCUAGGACAGCACGCAGAGCUUCGUUACCCACAACACGAUAUGGCAUCUCUCCUGGAGACCUGUUCAUCGAGCAACAAGCUCAAAAUAUCCUCAACAGACAGGGCUUGGCAGCUCUCUCUCAGAGUGAGUGGUCCCUCAGGAGAGACAUGGACAGUGAAACACACUCACAAAUCAACUGGCCAUCCAGAAUACGAGUAAGAGAGAGACAAACAAGGGAGGACAUCUCGGGAAGGGGUUCUGAUUCAGGGCCAGAUGCAUCCUCUGUCAGACGUAAUCCAACAGUUGCCCCUCCAUAUUUAGCUCCACGACCUCAAUCUGCAAACCAACCACGAACACAGAGCUCCGAAACCCCAAUCCAACAACCGCAUCAGGGAGCGGAGACCCGUCAACAAAGGGCACAUAGUGUGGAGCGGCCACGAUUCCAGCGUACUCACAGUAUGGCUUCACCUGCCUUUCAACACAUAGCUUCAUGUGAAAUUGGAAAUCAUCAGCAUGCCCAAAGUGCAGAGCCCCCAAACUAUGAACAAAGUCCUGGUAUACACCCUAGCACCAUGGGUCAUCAGCCUGGAUUUAGGCAAAUCAAGCAAUCCCUACCAAGGCGAGAUGGUCAAGAUGUUCAAGAACCAUCACAAAUGCACAGACCUUCCCAACAACCACACCCAGAAUACAAAAAUCUCCAGCAGCCAUCACCUGGUCCCAGAGUUGCCCCACCACAUGUACACAAGUAUCGGGCUAUCCUUCAACCAGUGCCUUUGGAUCGGGAUACUUGCCAAACAGCUCAAGCACAUGCACCUACUCAGAAGCCUCUACACGAACAUGAACACACCUUGCAUUCACGUCCGUCACAUGGCCAUUAUGGUCACAGCCAACCUCUGCAGUAUGGUUCAGUCCAGGCACUACCUCCAGCAUAUGGACAAAUUGUUCACUCAGCUCCUUCCUAUACACCUAGCCCUCUAUGCCCACCUUCAAAUGCUCAUGCAGCUCACCCUGUUCCUGGACCUUCACUUGGUAAGUCUGAGAUGCUGGACCCCAAGGGACGCUUGACCGCACCUGGUUCGACAUCUGCUGACAAAGAGGAUGAAGAGACUAGACAGAGGGCUAGUGCUGAUCACAUUCAGACCAUUCACAGAGAAGGUCGAUCAGCAUCCAGAAAGGAUCCAGCCUCAGAAGGGUUACUUAGGAGCAGAAAGGCUGUGCUACCCUCAGAGAUCCGCCGCCGGCAAAAGAGUGUGGAUGAUCCCAUGCGUGGACAAACUGAUGAAGGUUUGGAAAUUCGGAGAAUCAGAAGGAUCAGCCAGUCAGAGGAAAUGGAGGGGAGAGGUGGAAGAAAGUUGCACCAGUUGGAAGAAAGGGAAGGGCCUAAUGGAAGAGGAAUUGCUCAGAUGGAGGAGGGAACAAUAACAGGUGAAAAGGUAAUAUGUCUAAUAAAAGACAAAGAACAGCAUGAUGACCGAAGAACCAGUCGAUCUGAAGAAAGACAGGUAGAUAAUGGCACAAAGAAUAGUUUCACAGGUGAAGAUGUGGUACGUGGUACAAGGAAGAUUGAGCAAAGAGAAGAAAGCAAUCAAGGGGCUGAAAUUAAAAAAGAGGAGGGUCAAGAUAAUUGGAGCACUAACCGGUUUGAGUGGAUGGGACAAAGAGGUGUCAGGAAGUUUGACGAAUUCAAAGAAAGAGAAUGGGAAGUUGAUCGAAGACAAGGCCAAAUUGUACAGUCUGUUGAACCACUGGUACAGGGGGAUAAGAAAACCAGUCAAGAGGUAGAGGAACAGCAAGAAGGCCAAAGGUUGCUGCAAAAGGAAGUGGCAGAAGGACAUGGUAGAAGACGACGGAUCAAUCUGUCAGAGAAUGAAGAAGGGCAUGUCAGACGAAGAAGGAUAAGCCAAUCAGAAGAUGAUUGGGAUGGACGUAGGGUACGUAAAAUUGGCCAGUUGAAUGAAUGGGAAGUGCAAGGAGUGCAUCGAAUGGGCCAGCCAGAUGAUAAUUUUGAAAGAUGUGAGAAAGGAAAGCAGAGGUUAAACACACACCUACCUGAAGAAAUGGACACAGCUCCCACACAGCUAACCAAUGAGCAGCAUUUUCCACACCAUAGGGUGGGGGAUAUUGGAGGGUACUUGCAGAAAGGUUCCUCCCUCCCACAAGCUCAACAUCGAGUGAGUCAGGAUGCAGGUGACCUCAGGCCAAAGGUGCGAAUCCGCUCCAUGUCAGAUAUUGGAGUAACUCAACGGUCUGCUGCAUUGAGAAGUCUGGAGUGUGCUGCCAGUCGAGAGUCUGCAAUAGUGAUGGGUACAGGGUUUCAUACUAGAGAGCCGAGUGGUGUGGCCAAUGGUGAAAUGGGCACCUUGGACACAAGAGUCUCUGUGGCAAAGCUGAGACAUUCCUACCUGGAGAAUGCUUCUGGAAGCAGACCAGAGCUGGAGUCUAAAGGAGACCAGGUUCCCACAGAGCGUGAUCCAGUUGCCAGCAGUGACCGCGAGAGAGGAGCACGUCGACCCAGACGUUACAUUUCCCCUGGUGAUGACAGGAAGUCAUCUGAGAGGUUUAGAACCCAGCCAAUUACAUCAGCUGAAAGGCUGGAGUCUGAUAGGUCCCGUAUUAGUCCAGAGCUUCAUCAUGCAGAAUUGGAUGAGGAAAAAAUGGAUGAACGAGCUAAAAUGAGCGUGGCAGCCAAGAGGUCUCUUUUCAGGGAGCUGGAGAAGACUUCAGAGGGAGGUGUCCUCAAACCUCGAUCACGCAAUGCUGCGGUUGAGCGGAGACUCAGACGUGUGCAGGAUCGGUCACGGACACAGCCGGUCACGUCAGAGGAAGUUGUCAUUGCUGCUACUUCCCCCGCUCCCCCUUCCCAAGUCAUCACUAUUCAAACCACUGCUCCCAGAAUCCCCAGUCCCGCUGUAGUCAGCACAUCCAUGACUAGUUUCAGUCUGCAGGCAUCAUCAGCACAUGGAUCGACCCACCAUGAGCAGGAAAAAGAUGAUGUUUCAAAGGAGGCGGUUCUGGAAGAAGAGGACUUGGGGCCUGAGGAGCCGGACUUAUCAACACUAAGCCUUUCUGAGAAGAUGGCAUUAUUCAGUCGCUUGUCACAACCCUCUGGCCAAUCAGCAAACGGACCCCGUCCUGACACACGCCAGCGUAGAGCCAACGCCCGCUUUCAGACUCAACCUAUCACCCAGGGCGAGGUUGAUCAGGAGCUUACAAAAGACGUAGAUCCAUCCAGUCUCACAGAUCAACCCGCUGUGACUAAUGAUUCUGUUGGCCCCCCUCAGAGUGAGCAACUGCAAAAAGGAAGCAUGAAGUUGGAGCCUCUCUCUGCAUCACUUGUCCGCUCUGUUACCGCGGUCACCGCCCAGGCCUCUGUUGCCACGGUGACAAGUGCUUCCCCAUCAAUGACCGCAGAUGUUCGCAUGGGGAUCUCCAUGGCUCCACCCACCACUCAGGCCUCACCCAAUCAGGCGGUCACUGCUCAGCUUCCGGCCUAUGAGAAAGGAGUUCGAUACUUCAGUCUUACAGAGAGUGGGGAAAAACCCACACCUGAUGUUCAGUCCCCGCCCCCUGCAGAGCAGCCCAGCCAAUCGGUGUACGGCAAGGGUGUGGCUGACGAGAGUGGGCGGAGGGGAAGACUAGGGUAUUUAGGCAGAGAGGAGAGAGACACAGAGCUCCCCAGUGUGACUUCCCUUCCGUGCACACAUGCACUCAGACACACACCCCCUCACGGCAGGGGAGACGCAGAGCUGAGCGGCCCACGGGAGAGGGAAAAAGAGAGUACACCCGUCUCGCAGGGAGGCUACCUCUCUCCAGACGCCCAUCAGACGGCAAGAGGAAGCGGUACCAGAACCAUCGUCUCAGAUGUCUCUGAACCCAGCGUUCCUGUGAGGACGGUGAGCACGGCUGCGGCCUCGUCCAGAAGUUCUUCACAAAUCUCUCACUCGGUCACUUACCUCCAGCAAACCCAGUCCUACACAUCUCCGCAACCUCAACCAAAACCAGCGCAGCACCCUCAAAUCUACACACCGACCCACGCUCGACCCCAAACACAACCCUACAGCCCACCGACACUGCCACAGACACAGGCCAAACCACAAACACACCUCAUUUCUGACUCUCAACCUCACAUCCACGUUGACUCUCAGGCUCCUCCACGGCAAACCCAGCUGUACCCUGAACCCCAGCCACAGGCGCCACCCAGAGUCCCGCCACAGAAGCAGCCCAAACCGCAAUCCUUCCUUCCACCCGAGUCUCAUGCCUACAUUCACCCUCAGCCCAAGAUACCUCCUCAAACCCAGCCAAAACCCCAGUGCUUCAUACCACCUCAAACACAGCCCCAAGAAGAGAUCCUGGGAAAAUACGGCCCAUCUGGACCCAUCGUCUCCAAAGACCAAAAGCCAGAGAUCCACGAAGAUCCAGAGGCCAUGACAUCCAUAUCAAUCAAAGAGAGGUUGGCAAUGUUGAAGAAAAGUGGAGAGGACGAUUGGAAAAACAGGAUCAAUAAGAAACAGGAAGUUAUACAGGAAGUGGUGUCUGUAAGCGAGAAGAGUAGUCAAAUAAUGGAGGAGCAAGGCUUUAAUAAAAAGGACGAGACCGUUAUCAGUGAGUUCACGUCAUCUGAGCUGCUCUGGGAGCCUGUCUUUUCCUCCACCUACUCUCCUCCUCCUCUUCCAUCUACCCCAAAAUGCCAAUAUGUAGAACAACAAGGCCAGAAACUUGAAGAGGGGGAGGGGCAGAUGUCCAUUGAAGAAAGGAAACAGAUGAUCUCGACGCGAGAGGAGGCGUGGCAGAGCUCAGGGAAGGGCGUGGCCAAUGACUCGGCCCAAUACACUGUGGCUGCCAGGAUGGUGAAAAAAGGUCUGGCUGCUUCCUCUGCAGUGAUCAGCCCUAUUCUGUCUCCAGUCUCUGCUAAACUGAAGAGCAGUGUGCCAGCUAUCUCUAAACCACGGGAAGAAAUUGAGGCCAGAGCAGAAAUGGAGUCUGAUAAGAAGCUGGAAAAGCUGGAGACGUUUUUGGGGCGUUUGAACAGUAAAGUAUCAGGUUUGCAGGAGACGACUUUGACGGUGACAGAGAAAGCUGUGAAGGAAGUGAUGCGACUGGAUGAUGAGAUCUUUUCAAAAUUUUACCGUCACAUGACAGAUAUUCCCUGCAGCAUGAGUAGCAGAAUGCAUCUGGAUGAGGACUUUGAUGCCAUCUUUGGAAAACAAACGCCAAGGUUGACAUCGGCGAUGGUGCAGCACAAGCGGGCCGUUCGUCCCUCCCGUAAUGUCCAGGCCUCCAGAAACCCCUUAAAGAUUCUCGCUGCAAGAGAAGACAUCCGACAGGAGUACACCGAGGAGAGACUGAACGUGGGGCAGUUGGAGACCAAGAGAAUUAAACAGGAGAAAAUGAGCAAGAGCUCCAGUUUGUCGGACGCAACCCUGGCUGGUUUGGCCAGUAAAGAGAGCUACAGCAGCGUGAGUCUGCGCAGUGUCAGCAUCUCAGAGCAGAUGACCAAUAACAGCGCAGCUCCCUACAAAAAACUCAUGCUCAUGCAGGUCAAAGGUCGACGUCAUGUCCAGACCAGACUAGUGGAGCCUAGAGUGUCCUCUCUAAACAGCGGUGACUGUUUUCUGCUGGUUACACCUGAGCAUUGUUUCGUUUGGACUGGAGAGUUUGCAAAUGUCAUUGAGAGAGCCAAGGCAUCAGAACUGGCCACUUUCAUCCAGCUGAACCACGACCUUGGUUGUCGAGCAGCACAGGUAGAGACGAUCGAAGAAGGAGUGAACUCACAAAGCCCCGCAGCUGCAGAGUUCUGGAAGAUCCUGGGAGGACCAGCCAACUACCAACCGGCCGGGUCUCCAGACGAGGAUGAGAUGUUUGAAAAUGCCAUUGUGGAGACGAACUGUAUUUUCCGUCUUGUGGACGAUAAACUGCUUCCUGAUGAUGAUUUCUGGGGAAAAGUGCCUCGUAGUUCACUUUUGGGCUCUAAAGAGGUGGUAGUGUUUGAUUUCGGUAGUGAAGUGUACGUGUGGCAUGGUAAAGAGGUCACACUGGCACAGAGGAAGGUGGCGUUUCAGCUGGCCAAGCAUCUUUGGAACGGGACCUUUGAUUAUACCAACUGUGACAUCAACCCUCUGGACCCUGGAGGACACAACACACUCAUACCAAGGAAAGGUCAAGGUCGUCCGGACUGGGCCAUAUUUGGCAGACUGACCGAACAUAAUGAAACAUGUCUUUUUAAAGAGAAGUUCCUGGACUGGAGAGAUGCUUCUAGACUGUCACCUAAAGAGGUCAUCGAACACCCCUUCCAGCAGAAGGAGUCUCCAGGCACAGAUUCUCGUUCUGAGUGCCAGGCAUACAGCGCCUCUCUGAUGCUGCCGGUCCUGCAUUCACCCAUCAGCACAGUUCUGGAUGGUCAGAAUGUGGGUCGAGGACACGGACCGGUUGAGAACAGCUUGGGCGACUGCAUGCGCUCUCUGGAGAUCAGCACCGUUUCGGUUGACGUCUGGCAUAUCCUGGAGUUUGACUACAGCCGACUGCCAAAGCAGAGCAUCGGCCAGUUUCACGAGGGAGACGCUUAUGUAGUGAAAUGGAAGUACAUGGUGAGCGCGGCAGUGGGCAGCAGGCAGAAGCCGGAUCAGGUGCGCAGUGCGGGUCCCGGCAGGGAGAAGUGCUGCUAUUUCUUCUGGCAGGGCAGAAACGCAACGGUCAGUGAGAAAGGAACGUCUGCACUCAUGACUGUUGAACUGGAUGAAGAGAGAGGAGCACAGAUGCAGGUCCAGCAGGGGAAGGAGCCGCCCUGUUUCCUGCAGUGUUUCAACGGGGGGAUGAUUGUGCAUUCUGGGAAGAGAGAAGAAGAUGAGGAGAACAUUCAGAAUGAUUGGCGUCUGUACUGUGCGCGUGGUGAGGUGCCUGUAGAGGGCCAUCUGCUGGAAGUGGCGUGUCACUGCAGCAGUCUGCGAUCACGCACAUCAAUGGUCCUUCUGAAUGUCAACAAAGCCCUCAUCUAUCUGUGGCACGGCUGUAAAACCCAAACACACACACGGCAUGUCGCUCGAACCGCCGCAGAGAAGAUCAAAGAACAACGGCCACUGGAGGCGGGACUUCACAGCAGCUGUAAUGUGCCUAUUCAUGAAUGUGAGGAAGGUGGCGAGCCAGUGGAAUUCUGGGAAGCAUUAGGCAGGAAGGACCGCAAGGCCUACGACUGCAUGCUUCAAGACCCUGGCAAGUUCAACUUCACGCCGCGUCUGUUCCAGCUCAGUAGUUCUUCGGGUGAGUUUGUGGCGCAGGAGUUUUUCAACCCAUCCAGAGCUGCAGACCUUGUUUGUUCCCUAGCGUUCCUGCAGGAGGAUCUGUACUCUGCCCCUCAGCCAGCUCUGUUCCUAGUGGAUAACUAUCAUGAAGUUUACCUGUGGCAGGGCUGGUGGCCGCAGGAUACUGAGAGUGCCGGUUCUGCCCGCAUCCGCUGGGACUCAGACAGGAAGUGCGCUAUGGAAACCGUGUUGCAGUACUGCACAGAAAAUAAUGAGAAGAAGCCUCAGAAGUCAUACUUGAUCCAUGCUGGAUUGGAGCCUCUGACCUUCACAAACAUGUUCCCCAGCUGGGAGCACAGAGAGGACAUUGCUGAAAUCACAGAGAGGGAGGCAGAGGUGUGUAACCAGAUCAUUCUGGUGGAGGAUGUUUUGGCCCGACUCUGUCAGAGCACUUAUCCUCUAGCAACGCUGAAAACCCGUCCCCUUCCCCACGGCGUCGACCCGCUGAGACUCGAGAUGUACCUGACCGACGAGGACUUUGAGAGAGUAUUAGACGUGAAGAGAGAAGAGUUUGACGCUCUGCCCGGAUGGAAGCAAGUGAACCUAAAAAAAGACAAAGGACUCUUUUAAAAACCUGACUAAUUAUCACUGUCCAUUUCCUCCAUGGCCACCGGUUCUGCGCUCACCUCAGCAUUUUGACCUCUUUCGGUUAAGGGAGGUGAUUGUGCACUGAGAACAGGGUAAGCGGUCAGGUCAAAGGUCACUUUAGGGUCUUCAGAUGCACCUGCUGUGGCGUCCGCUUUUGAUGUAUUUAUAAAGUCUGUGGAGGUGAUGUCUGUGUGUGUCUCCUCACCACAUUCAUGUAUGACGAUUCGCAGUCUGUGAGCAGUGCGUAAGUCCAUGUAACCUCAAAAACAGUAUGUUUAGUACAUGAAAUCAAUCCACUCCUCUUCCCAUUCGGUCUGAUCUGCGAUGGGUUUUUGUUGUAAUGUGUGUUUAUGUUUGAUAAGUCUGCUGAAUAAUUGGAAAUUGUAUAAACUUUGUAGCAAACAAAGAAACGGCAGAAAAUCCUGUGUGAUCGCUCUAAAUGUUGUCAUAUGUCUUAGAAUAUUCCUUUUUGAUUCAAGAGGAGUUUACAUGCUGCAUCUGAAUUUUUUGUGUGUUCUUCUAGUGUGAAUGGCUGUUGGUUGUGUUGGUGCCGGUCUCUUUUUCUUGAGGUGUGAGAGACAUCAAGUUUGUUUGUAUUGGAACAGCAUGGAAUAGUGGACGAGAGAAAGAAAAGAUAUUAAUUUAAAUGUACAGUAUAGUGCCUUGCUUUUGUGUACAGUUUCUAUACCAAACACACACACUAGUCUGCAUUUCAGAGACUUUCUUUGUGAUAAACGAAAUAGUGAAUAAAGAAA